ACUCUUAAGGACGAAUUCAACGUGCUAGUUUCUUGUUGGUUUCUCAAUUCUCAUAUAUACACGUACAAAAACACGAGAUUAUACAUCGAUAUACCCUAUACAAAACCCUUCCAAUCAAACAUUAAACAAAAUUGUUACCUUUCCAACGUUAGCAUUUCACAAAAACCAGGGAUUUUGAUUUUGAUUUUGAUUUUGAUUUUAAUUUUCCUCCAAAAUGGAACCCAGUUCCAUAGAGCUGAAACUCAUUUCCUGCAAAAAUCUCCAAGCCUUCAACUUCUUCCAAAAACUCACCCUCUACGCAUUCGUCACCAUCGCCACCGACGACACCGCCACGAAACUCACCGAGCAAGAAUCGCAGCCGCAAAAGACCCCGACCGACAGGGACAGCGACGACGGAAGCAACCCUGAAUGGAACCACGAAGCGCGUUUCGAUCUGGGGUUUCUCUCCAAACGAGGCUCUGCCGUGGUGAAUCGCCUCUUCCUCAAAUUCGAGUUCCGCCACGACGGCGUCAUCCUCGGUGAUAAGCUCAUCGGAGAGUGCCGCGUGCCGAUGUCCGAUCUGAUCCGUGAUGUUGCCGGCGUGAAGCGGUUUGUGAGCUAUGAGGUUCGUUCCGGCGAGGGUAAACCCAAUGGAACGUUCAAUUUCUCGUACAGAUUGGUGGGGAUCGGGAACGGGAACGGGAAUCACUCGUCUCAGAUCCUCGAUGGGAGAAUCUCCGGGUACCCUGUUCUGGCUCCGGAGGAUCACGCUCCGGUGCAAUAUCCAAGAUUGGAGAUCGAAACCCCUUGUUGCUACGACCCGGUUUAUCCUGUUCAGGAGGGAAUACACUAUCCUCCCUCUGUGGCGGCGCGGCCUCCGCCGCCGCUUGUUCCGUAUCCGCCGUCAGGAGAAUGUUAUGAUUAUUACCCGCCGCCACCGCCGGAGUUUUCACGGCCGCCUCCGCCGGAGUUUUCACGGCCGCCUCCGCCGUAUCCGUACCCUCCUCCGCCGCAGCCUUACAUGGAUUAUAGGCCUGGGCCCAGCCCUUGGCCACCAGGCCCAUAUUUUGAGCAGAGGUGGUGAUUGAUUAGGCCCAAUAGUGGGAUGACUGCUUUCUUUUUGGAAAAAGUAUGAGGCCCAUGUUUUUGAAAGUGGAUUUUAUUAAGGAAAUUUUCUUGUAAACAAUUUUCUGUAAUAGAAGAAUUUCUUUAUUGCUUGUUAA